UUAGAAAUCACCCAUGAAUUUGUGAAAGACGAAUCAAAUUUCAUUUAACUACAUCCCAAAUAGGACAUCCCAGCGAGUGGACCUUUUCUCAACUCGGAAAUAGUAAUUUAGAGAGCUACCUCACGUAUAAUAUCAUAAGUGUUAGUCUAAUUGCUCUCCAUUGGCACUUGUUUAAUAUAGUAUAUAGUACACGUAUAUAACACAAAGCGUUUCAAUAGUAUCAAAUGCUUGGUCAGAAACUACUCCAUCAAACGUUGCUUUCAUGGCAAACACUUUUCUGAAGACCCAAUCUGUCGCUAUGCUUCAAUUUUAGUAAAUAUCGUUGCAACAAAAGUGCCAGUCACUACACAUUAUCAGGAAUUACGUUAGUACUAGUUCUAAUCGUAAAUAAGUACGUUCUAUAAAUAAGUGAGUGACAAGAACAUACGUGCAGUAAGUGGUAGACUAGAUCGACGAGUGCGUUAUUAAAACUAGUAAAAUUGUGCGAUAUUUUGCAACAUGAUGACCCUAAUGGACAUCGUGUUAUUUUGCUUAUCCGCAUUUUUGGCGUUAUAUUUUUACUGUAAAUACAAAUUUAAUUAUUUUAAGUUAAAAGGAGUUCCACACGAACAGCCAACUUUCCCAUUUGGAAACAUCCUAGAUGUGUUCAUGUCGGGUGAACCAGUGGGCCAGUACAUUGGAAAACUUUGCUUGAAAUCCGAGGGACAGUUCUUCGGCUUUUACGCUUUAACGAAACCCUUUCUGAUUAUAAAGGAUCCGAAGAUUGUGAAAAAUAUUCUCAUCAAGGACUUUCACGUGUUUUCAAACCGACACGUUCACGUCGACCCAAAUGUUGAACCGAUCUUGGCCUACUCGUUGCUCGGUAUGAAAACUCCUCAAUGGAAAACGCUAAGAAAGCAAAUUUCCCCGGUAUUCACGUCGGGAAAAAUUAAAAUGAUGAUGCCGCUUAUGGCAGAAUGUGGAAAAAAUUUAGAAAAAUACCUGUCAGGGGUGGUUGGACAGGAUAUUGAGAUGAAGCAUGUUGCUAACAUGUACACGACUGAUGUCAUUGCUACAUGCGCGUUUGGGGUGGAUGCGAAUUCAUUUUCAGACGGAGAUAACGAGCUCUUGAGGUAUGGUAGAAUGAUAUUUCCCAAAACAGCACUACAAUCUCUAAAGACGGCAUCCUACUUCCUUGCGCCUUCGAUAGUAAAGUUUUUCAAAUAUCGUUUUAUUAAUGAGGAAGUGGAUAGAUUUUUUCGCAACGUGUUCAGGAAUGUGAUUAGCCAACGUGAGGCCAGUAAAGUAAAACGAAACGAUUUAGCGGAUAUUUUAAUUGAGAUUAAAAACCAAGACUACGAAGAGAGUGACUUCAAAUUCGAUGAGAACAUUCUAACAGCUCAAGCACUCAUUUUCUUUGGAGCAGGGCAUGAGACUACCAGUUCUACAAUCUCAUUUGCCCUGCACGAAUUAUGCUUUAACCCAAGCACUCAAGACAAGCUCAGGGACGAAAUUCAUACAGUAAUAGGAAAACACGAUGGUUUAUUAACGUAUGAAGCCGUUCAGGAUAUGAAAUACCUACACAUGGUUGUUUCUGAAACCCUUCGCAAAUACCCGCUGACUCCGUUUAUCAACCGCGAAUGCGGCGAAGAUUACAAGGUGGAAGGAACCGAAAUGCUAAUUGAGAAAGGUACACCCGUACUUAUUUCUCAAGAUGCCUUACACCUGAAUCCGAAGUACUUUCCAAAUCCAGAAAAAUUCGAUCCCGAGAGAUUCAGUGCCGAAAACAUCCGUAAGAUUGAAAACUACACCUAUUUACCCUUUGGAGAUGGUCCACGGCUUUGUAUAGGUGAAAGGUUUGCUUUAUUAAGUACAAAGUUGGGUAUAAUUCAUAUGGUUAAGAAUUUUAAGAUGGUGGGAAACUCGCAAAGUGAGGAAUUGCUUAAAUUCUCACGGAUUCCUUUAAGGACUGCGAAAAAUGGCGUACACAUGACGUGCAUAAAAAUUUAGUAUAAGCUAAUUGUAGACAUACAGUAACCUAAGAACAAAUUUAGGAAACGGAGAGAUGAUUAUUGAUUAAUUUAUAAUUGUGCAAGUAUUGGGGGAUUUUUAUACUCACUUGGAACCGUCCUUUGUUUCUCUUGCACAACGAAGAGGAGACACACAAAUAUACUUCUUGGAUGUUUUUAUGGAUAUGUAUAAUUGUAUAAUAGCCCUGUUAUUAUGUAGGUACCUUAACUGACUUUUUCGUGCACAUAUAAGAUCUCAUUUUGAAGGCAAUGUUUAUUCAAGAGGCCCCAUCAUGCUUGGUUAUUAUGUAAAUAAACAUUUUACUCAU